GCCUCAGGCCCAAGAUGGCGGCUGCCACACGGGAGCUCCCGCCGGCCGCUCUCCGCCGCUGAGCGCGCGCCCGCCCCGUCUCGCUCUCGAACCUGGGUCUUACUGGGGGUUGGGAAGGGCCGUGGACGGUGCUGGGGGAGCCUGACCAGGCAGCACCGUUUAGGUAACCAUUAGUGGACCAGAAAGAUGACAUCCAUCAUCAAAUUAACUACCCUCUCUGGGGUCCAAGAGGAGUCUGCACUUUGCUAUCUUCUCCAGGUUGAUGAGUUUAGGUUUUUGUUGGACUGUGGCUGGGAUGAGCACUUCUCUAUGGACAUUAUUGAUUCCCUGAGGAAGCACGUUCACCAGAUUGACGCGGUGCUCCUGUCGCACCCCGACCCUCUCCACCUUGGUGCCCUUCCAUUCGCUGUGGGGAAGCUGGGUCUGAACUGUGCCAUCUAUGCUACAAUUCCUGUUUACAAAAUGGGGCAGAUGUUCAUGUACGAUCUUUAUCAGUCUCGACACAAUACCGAAGAUUUUACUCUCUUUACAUUAGAUGAUGUGGAUGCAGCCUUUGAUAAAAUACAGCAGCUAAAAUUCUCUCAGAUUGUGAACUUGAAAGGCAAAGGCCAUGGUUUGUCUAUCACACCCCUGCCAGCCGGUCAUAUGAUAGGAGGAACAAUAUGGAAAAUAGUCAAAGAUGGAGAAGAAGAAAUUGUUUAUGCCGUUGACUUCAACCACAAGAGGGAGAUCCACUUAAAUGGAUGUUCCCUGGAAAUGCUAAGCAGACCCUCUCUACUUAUCACAGAUUCAUUUAAUGCUACAUAUGUGCAGCCUAGAAGGAAACAGAGAGAUGAGCAACUCCUGACAAAUGUCCUGGAAACUCUUCGGGGUGAUGGAAAUGUGCUAAUAGCGGUGGACACGGCAGGCAGAGUUCUGGAGCUUGCUCAACUUCUUGAUCAGAUUUGGAGAACUAAAGAUGCUGGAUUGGGUGUUUAUUCACUGGCACUCCUGAAUAACGUCAGUUAUAAUGUGGUGGAGUUUUCUAAGUCACAGGUAGAAUGGAUGAGUGAUAAAUUGAUGAGAUGUUUUGAAGACAAAAGAAAUAACCCAUUUCAGUUUCGCCAUCUCUCUCUGUGCCAUGGUCUUUCUGACUUGGCUCGAGUUCCAAGCCCCAAAGUUGUACUUGCCAGCCAGCCUGACCUGGAGUGUGGAUUCUCAAGGGACCUCUUUAUUCAGUGGUGUCAGGACCCUAAAAACUCAAUCAUUCUAACCUAUAGAACAACUCCUGGGACUUUAGCACGUUUCUUGAUUGAUAAUCCUUCUGAGAAAGUUACAGAAAUAGAGCUGAGGAAACGCGUGAAGCUUGAAGGGAAAGAACUUGAAGAGUAUGUGGAGAAAGAGAAACUAAAGAAGGAAGCUGCUAAGAAACUUGAGCAGUCCAAAGAGGCAGAUAUCGACUCCAGUGAUGAGAGUGACGUGGAAGAAGAUAUCGACCAGCCUUCGGCUCAUAAGACAAAGCAUGACCUAAUGAUGAAAGGGGAAGGCAGUCGCAAAGGCAGCUUCUUCAAACAGGCCAAAAAAUCCUACCCCAUGUUUCCUGCCCCAGAAGAGAGAAUUAAAUGGGAUGAAUAUGGAGAGAUCAUCAAGCCAGAAGAUUUCUUAGUGCCAGAACUUCAAGCUACUGAAGAAGAAAAAAGCAAAUUAGAAUCUGGUUUGACAAAUGGAGACGAGCCCAUGGAUCAGGACCUGUCUGAUGUUCCCACCAAGUGUGUUUCUGCAACAGAGUCUAUUGAGAUCAAAGCCAGGGUUACUUACAUAGACUAUGAAGGACGCUCGGAUGGAGACUCCAUUAAGAAGAUCAUCAACCAAAUGAAACCGAGACAGCUGAUCAUUGUCCACGGCCCACCAGAGGCCAGUCAGGAUCUGGCUGAGUGCUGCCGGGCGUUCGGUGGGAAGGACAUUAAAGUGUACAUGCCCAAACUCCAUGAGACAGUUGAUGCCACAAGCGAAACACAUAUCUACCAGGUCAGGUUAAAAGACUCCCUUGUCAGCUCCCUACAGUUUUGUAAAGCUAAAGAUGCCGAGUUAGCUUGGAUAGAUGGCGUCUUAGACAUGCGAGUCUCCAAAGUGGACACCGGAGUUAUUUUAGAAGAAGGGGAGCUCAAGGACGAUGGAGAAGACUCGGAGAUGCAGGUGGAUGCUCCUGCAGACUCCAGCGCCAUAGCCCAGCAGAAGGCCAUGAAGAGUCUGUUUGGAGACGAUGACAAAGAGCUGGGUGAAGAGAGUGAGAUCAUCCCCACACUGGAGCCUUUGCCUCCUCAUGAGGUUCCUGGACAUCAGUCAGUUUUUAUGAAUGAACCAAGACUGUCUGACUUCAAGCAAGUUCUUUUGCGGGAGGGGAUUCAAGCGGAAUUUGUAGGGGGUGUACUUGUCUGCAACAAUCAAGUAGCAGUCCGCAGAACAGAAACUGGACGCAUCGGGUUAGAAGGCUGCCUUUGUCAAGACUUUUAUAGGAUACGAGACCUUUUAUAUGAACAAUAUGCCAUUGUGUAAAGGACAUGAUGUCAGGAAGUGUCUGCUUGACCUUUCUCAGGAAGAAAGGAUUCUCAUCUGAGGCUAAGCUUUCAGCUGUCUUGUUUUGUAACAUACAAAAAGAAUCUGCCAGAAAACGUGAGCAUGUAUUCGAUUUUGAAAAAUAUGAAUCAAGGGCCUGGGGCAUAGCUCAGUGGUAGAGCUCUUGCCUAGCAUGUGCAAGGCCCUGGGU